GGGGGGCGCUCGGCUGAUGAAACGCGGCCUCCAGCUCCGCUCCGCCGCGGGCCCGGGAGCCGCGUUCCCUCUUGGCACCAAGGCGAGCCCAGCGGGUAGCUCCUCCGGGUGAGGCGGCCGAGCGGGGGGCGGGCCCGGGAGGGCGGCGCCGCGCGGCGCGGGAGGCGGGCGGGGCGCAGGGCUGCGGUGCCCGGAGGCUGCGGUACGAGGGCCGCUGCGGCCCCGAUCUUCUGCGUCCCCGGGCGGCGGCUGCGGCGCAGGCGGCGGUGCCGGCGGCAUUUGACGCUGAGCUGGCCGCUGCAGAAUGAACCACAGCUCUGAGAAGGGGAAGUAGGAACAGCUGGCACCCUGCCAUGGCCUGUGAACCACAGGUGGACCUGGUGGCCGCUGGCCCGUUGCCUCCCUCCUCCCCUGGCUGGAGUGCCCUGCCUGGAGGGAGCCCUCCUGGCUGGGGGCAAGAGCUCCACAAUGGCCAGGUCCUCACUGUUCUCCGGAUCGACAACACCUGUGCACCCAUCGCCUUCGAUCUGGGAGCCGCAGAAGAGCAACUGCAAACUUGGGGCAUCCACCAGGUCCCAGCCGACCAGUACAGAAGCUUGGCAGAGAGUGCCCUCUUGGAGCCCCAAGUGAGAAGAUACAUCAUCUACAACUCAAGGCCUAUGCGGCUGGCCUUUGCUGUGGUUUUCUACGUGGUGGUGUGGGCCAAUAUCUACUCCACCAGCCAAAUGUUUGCCUUGGGGAACCACUGGGCUGGCAUGCUGCUCGUGACGCUGGCCGCAGUGAGCCUGACCUUGACUCUUGUGCUGGUCUUUGAGAGACACCAGAAGAAGGCCAACACCAACACAGACCUGAGGCUGGCAGCUGCCAAUGGAGCCCUCCUGAGACACAGGGUGCUGCUGGGGGUGACAGACACAGUGGAAGGAUGCCAGAGUGUGAUUCAGCUUUGGUUUGUCUACUUCGACCUGGAGAACUGUGUGCAGUUUUUGUCUGAUCAUGUUCAAGAAAUGAAGACUAGCCAAGAGUCCUUGCUGAGAAGCAGAUUGAGCCAGUUGUGUGUUGUCAUGGAGACUGGAGUGAGCCCUGCAACAGCGGAGGGGCCUGAGAACUUGGAGGAUGCUCCUCUCUUGCCCGACAGUUCUCGUCCUAUGGAGAGGCCACUCAUGCAGACUGAGCUUCACCAGCUCGUUCCCGAGGCUGAGCCGGAGGAAAUGGCCCGCCAGCUGCUGGCAGUGUUUGGUGGCUACUAUAUCCGGCUUCUAGUGACCUCCCAGCUCCCUCAGGCAAUGGGGACACGACACACGAACUCUCCAAGAAUUCCAUGCCCCUGCCAGCUCAUAGAAGCCUACAUCCUGGGCACAGGGUGCUGCCCGUUCCUGGCCAGGUGACCUAGGAAUGAAGGUACUCAUCUUCCUCCAAGACUGAGCAGUCGGGAAAGCUUCAGGAGCCCAAGAUGGGCAAUGGGGAGCCCCAGGUGAGGAGAGAAGUAUCUGGGGGCACUCCAAAAUGGGUCUGACCUGUCAGCAACUGGGGUGUUGUGCUCAUUCCGGGACCCAGCACAGAAAUCCUUUUUUGACAUCUCAUGCUGACCCCUGGCCUUUGCAGAAGCUGACAGCUACAGAGCUAGUCCCACCAAAGCUACUCUCUCUGCUGCUUAGAACCGUGGUCAUGUAUGGAAGGACUGGUCCCCCAUCCCUUUCAUUGUCCAGAGAGCCCAGGAGAUGUGAAGAUGACCAGACUGGGUGAAUCAUGUGUCCAAAACUUGGCCUCAGAUAAUGUUUCCAUCUCCAACCCCUCCAUGCCAGAUGGGGAAACUGAUGCUCAGUGAGGAUACUACUCUAUGUGGCAUUGCCUUGAACCCUUAAAAUGAUCAGACUGCCUCUUUCCAAUAUGAAGAAAAAAAAGUAAGUUUUCAGAAUUCUCUCCAUUUUUUAAGUUUUUCUCUCCCAUAUUUUGUGAAAAACAGUGGAACAGGUACAUGUUGUCUAUCAGUACACAAGCUACAGAAGACAGAGACGGAAGACAGAGGUCAAGGACAGAUAACUGUUGACAGGAGUAUUUGGGAAAGAUUGAUCCUGUUUCACUUGAGAACUUACUUUGUUCACAGGUACGCACGCUUAUGGUUGUGGUUUUAUAUUACAGAUGUAGAAGAACAGUUCUGUUUCCCGACACGAAUGUUGUCCUGGAAUGAAGUGGGAUCAGUCACUUGUGGAAUUCUGUGAAGAGCUCAGCGGCUUCCAAGUGAUCUGCUCUUGAACAAGUUUGAAGACCUAUUGUUUCACAGACCCAAGUCCAAAUGCCCUGACCUGGCAUCUGAAGGAUCCCCAGCCGCUAAGACCUUGCCUUCGUGUGCGAUUUUGCCUCAUCUCCCACAAAACCCCUUUAUGAGUUGAAGCUCUUUCCUAGACUGACAUACCUAUUCCUUUCUAUUUGUUGGACUCCAAGUCAUGCUUCAAAGUCCAGCUUUCUGUAGCCCUUCUUUAGGAAGCCUUCCUACACAGCCAGCCCCGCUGCUGUCUGCCUCCUUUAAAUUCUUGAUACAGCUGCUGCCUGUUCUGAUGUUUUAUGGUAUUGAUUCUGUUUUCCUGUGUACAUGCCAGUUUUUCUAGCUGGACUGUAAACUCCUCAAGGACAGAGACUACACAUUGUACUUGUUGUUUAUGACCUGGACCUGCUAAGGAAAAAAACAAAACAGACCUGUGGAUUGAUUGCUUUGACAUCCUCACAGCAGCUAAUGCAAAUUGCUGUCCAAACUCACUUGAAUGAUAAGAUUGCUAUGGACCUGGGCUCUGGACCUGAUCUGCCCACUUCAAGCUGUGUAAUUUUUGGCAAAUUGCUUUUUUUGGCUGGUCCUCAGUUUGCCUACCUAUAUAAUGGGUGGAUUGGAUGAUUCUUUUUUUAAAUUGAGGCAGAGUCUCACACUGUCACCCAGGCUGGAGUGCAGUGGUGCCUUCUUGGCUCACUGCAACCUCUGCUGCCUGGGUUCAAGUGAUUCUCUUGCCUCAGCCUCCCAAGUGACUGGGACUACAGGUGCAUGCUACCAAGUCUGCUAAUUUUUUUGUAUUUUUAGUAGAGAAGGGGUUUUACCAUGUUGGCCAGCCUGGUCUUGAACUCCUGGCCUCAGGUGAUCUGCCCACCUCAGUCUCCCAAAGUGCCAGAAUUAUAGACAUGUGCCCCCACGCUCAUUCUGGAUAAUUCUUAAGGGCCUUUCUAGGACCAAAGUUCUGGGAGCUUCUAGCUUAUUCUGUUCCCUCGUAGCCCUUAGCCCUUAUCCACAUGCAGAAACAUCUGGCAGCCCCACAUGGCUGAGUUGACCUGGGUCUAGUAUGCCCUUGGAUGGAAGACUAGCCUACCUAACAGGAGACCUGGAUUUUUCUUUCUGAUCUGCUGCUUCCAAGUUGUGUGACCUUGGCUAAGCCACUUCACCUUUCUGACUGUCACUUCACUUUUUAAUAAAGUGUAUCUGGUGAACAAGAAACGUUAUUAAAGCACAUGAAUCACCAUUCAAGAGAUGGGUCUGACCAUUCACUUUCUCUGUGCCAGAGAAGAGAGAUCAUGAGUGUGGACCAGCCCCUGGACAGGCAACUUUAGUCAAGGCUGAGAGCAGCUUUGCCCGAGGAAGUUAUUCAUGAAGGUGACCACUGUCUUUCUGACCUGGCACAGAGGAAAUGUUGGCUGUGAAUAUGACCAAUAGAAAACCUGUAUUUCUCAUUCAGUCCUAGAACCCUGGUAAGUAUAAUAACAGAGAAUAAAAAAGUGUUUGUUAAAUGAAAAA